AUGGAUAAGGUGUACAUUGGCAUCCUCUCAUGCGCCUUGGUCUUCCUGCUCCACAAUCUGUUAGGCAAGAAGAAGAAGAAGAACCACAAGGGCGGUCUGCCGAGCCCUCGGGCCAUCCCGUUUCUGGGCCACCUCCAUCUCGUGAAGCAACCAAUCCACGCGGCGCUAUGCCGCCUGGCAGAGCGCCACGGACCCGUGUUCUCGCUUCGCCUAGGCUCUCGCAGCACCGUUGUGGUGUCAUCGCCGGCAAGCGCCAGGGAGUGCUUCACCGAGCACGAUGUGGCCUUGGCCGACCGUCCGAGGAUCCCCUCGUGGCGGUUCGUGUCCAUGUACUUCUCCAUGCUCGCCGCGACCAGCUACGGCCCGCACUGGCGAACCCUCCGCCGCGUGGCGGCCGUGCAUCUGCUCUCCACGCAGCGGGUCAGCUCCAUGUCAGGCGUCAUCGCUGGUGAGGUGCUUGCCAUGGUGCGGCGGCUGUACAGAUCGGCGACGGCGUCGCCGCGUGUCCAGCUGAGGCGGAGGCUCUUCGAGCUCUCCCUCAGCGUGCUCAUGGAGACCAUCGCGCACACCAAGGCAACCCGUUCCGAGUGGGAGGACACGGACAUGUCCGUGGAGGCCCAGGAGUACAGGAAGGUGCUGGACGAGAUCAACCAGCAUGUGGGCAUGGCCAGCCUGUACUGGGAUCACCUGCCAGUAAUGCGGUGGCUCGACGUGUUCGGCAACAAGAACGAGGUCGUCGCUGCUGUGAGUAAAAGGGACGUGUUCCUGCAGCAGCCCAUCGACGCGGAGCGGUGGAAGCUGGACGACGGCGGCAUCGGCCCUUCUAGUGAAGUCGAGGGAAAAAGCAUGAUCUCCGUCAUGUUCACUCUGGAGAAGAAAGAGCCACAAGUCUAUACCGAUACAAUGAUCAGCGGCGUGUGCGCGAGUUUAUUUAGUGCGGGAGCAGAGCUCACCUUAGCUGUGAUAGAAUGGGCUAUGUCGCUCCUGCUAAAUCACCCGGCAGACCUGAAGAAGGCGCAGGACGAGAUCGAUAGGUUUGUGGGGUUCUCCCGUCUGGUUGCUGCUGAGGACCUGCCCCACGUCACCUACCUCAAGUGUAUCAUUAGCGAGACUCUUCGCCUUUACCCCGUCGCCCCACUACUGUUGCCGCAUCGGUCGUCCACGGACUGUAAGAUCGGUGGCUAUGAAAUUCCUAGUGGGACCAUGGUGCUCGUUAAUGUGUAUGCCAUCCAUAGAGACCCGGCCAUGUGGGAGCACCCGAUCAAGUUAAGGCCGGAGAGGUUUGAGGAUGGCAAAGCUGAAGGGUUAUUCAUGAUACCCUUCGGAAUGGGGAGGCGAAAGUGUCCUGGCAAGGCAAUGGCUUUACGGACGAUAGGAUUGGUUCUUGGGGCACUUCUACAAUGCUUCGACUGGGAUCAAGUGGGCGCUAUGGAGGUAGACAAGACAGAAGGAGCAGAAGAAUUUGUUACGCCCAAGGCCAUUCCAUUUGAGUCUUUGUGCAAGCCGCGCACAGCUAUGUCCGAUGUGCUUAAGAUGCUCUAA